AUGAGGGAUGGAAGUGGAGCCCGGAGACGCAGAGAGCGGCGCCUGCUGGCAUCUGCUCUCGCGCUUCUUGUCCUUUGCUCGGCGCAGACAUGCGCCGCCCUGAGGCGCGAGUUGGGGCGAAGACCAACGCCGGAGGGCGAGCGCGGCUGGACGACUCGCGAAGGUGAGGCAGCGAGCGAGGACGCUGGGGUGAAGCGAGAAGAAGGCAGCGAGCGAAUGGAAAAAAGGCGAACGGAGGAAAGGGCGGAAGACAGCCGCGUGACGAAGAAGGCGAAAGAGGGACUGAAGGAAGCGGGCGAGGCCCUGGAGCGGCUGCUCCCGACGCUCCAGGCCCAGCAGCACGAGGCGUUCCUGAACGUCAGCCCUGCGCGGACGCAGAAGCUGACCACCGCGCUCGAGCUCAAAUAUGGUGAGAACGGGCACACCGUCGACUUGAAGAAAGCCACGCAGCUGCUGCAGGAACUGGCUGAAGAGGAAGUCCACGACGCAGCCACUGCACAGGCGCUGUACGAGUUGGGAGACCUUCAAAUUCGAGGGUAUCCAGGUGUGCUGAGGCGCAUUACACGCGAUCUGAACCGCGCAGUGGAGCACUUUCGUGCGUCGGCUCUCUUUGGCUACGGACCAGCGCUGCACGCUCUCGGCGUGGCGUACGCGAUCGGCCUGGGCUCCCUCGAGCCUAAUGAAGCCGAGGCUGCGCGACUGCACUACCUCGCCUCUUUGACGGAUUAUAUUCCGGCGAUCCUCGCCAUGGGCUUUCGGUUCCUCUACGGUGACGGCGUCGCUGCAGAUUGCGAGACUGCCCUAAGGUACUACAAGUUCGCUGCGGAGCGAACUGUUCAAUUUCUGGCCCCAGGACAAGACGACGGGAGCGCCGCGCUGUUCCCUCCGCCACCGCUCGGAGACUCCGACCGUCUCACCGAGCAAACCGACGCUCAGUGGCGCGAGCUGCAGACGGUUCAGACGCAGCAGAAAGAAAUUCUGCAGUACUGGGAGCACCAGGCCAAGGACGGAAACCCGAUGGCGCAGUACGAGCUCGCAAAGCUCCGCGAACAGCAGCAACCUGCGGAGGCCACCCCGUCUGGCAGCCGCUCGCCUGAAGCGGAAAACCAAGACGCGGAGAGAAUGCGCCAAGUUGCGGAGCUGUACGAGGCGAGCGGCAAGCAAGGUCUCGCCCCCGCGCUCAGAGACUUAGGGCUUCUCUAUCUCCAGGGGCAAGGCGUGGAACGCAGCUUCCCAAAGGCUAUCGAAUGCCUGAAGCAGGCCGCAGAGCUGGGCGACCCAGAGUCUCAGAACUACCUCGGCUAUUUGUACUACUUUGGCACCAACGCUCCGAGUCCGUCGCCUUCGGCCUCGCACCUCGCCCCGGACCUCCAGCCGUUCUCAGCGCCGUCGUCUUCGCCACCCCUUUCUGCGUCUUCCUCUUCGGCGUCUGAUGACGCGUUUUCGAUUCCACGGAACGAGACCCUUGCUGUGCACUACUUCCGGCAGGCUGCGCUGAAGGAGUUUCCCGAGGCGCUCUUCUUUCUCGGCGAAAUAGAGGUCGAGGGAUACACAGCCGCGGAAGCCCGUGGAGAGGCCGCCGACAGAGGCCGCGCCGCCAAGCCCAGCCGCGCCAGACGCGAGGCCGAAGGCGAGCAUGCAGAGGACGACGCCCAGGAGAGACGGAGGGGAGGCCCUGCAGGCGGGGAGAAAGAGGCUGCAGGACGCGCGGAGAAGGGACGCAGAGACAGGCACGAGUUUCGUGCAGAGACCGACACGCGCGCGAAGCCCGCGGAGAGGAAACGGCGACGAACCAACACGCUAGGCACUGCCGCGGGCAGCCUCGUCAAGGCCCUGCGUUUCUACCAGCGCGCGGCCGACGGCGGAUACAUCCUGGCCGCCUGGCGCGAAGGGCAGCUGUUGGAGGCGGGGAAGGGCGCACCGCGGAGCUGCGAAGACGCCACGCUGGCGUACAAGCUCGUAGCGGAGGCGGGACCGCUGGUCGACGACAUUCGGAAAGGCUUCACGCAGUACGUGAGUGGCGACCUCGAAGGCGCGCUCUUGACUUAUGCGUUCGCCGCGGAAGAAGGCUUCGAGGUCGCGCAGGCGAAUGCCGCGUUUCUUUACACCCGUUUCCGUCCCUCGUGGGAAUUCGCUCCCCUGAAGCGGUCGCCGCCGCAGCCGAAGGCAGCCCGGUCUGAGCGUCCGCCGCGCAGGCCGCGCGUCAGUGUCCAGGAUCCCCCCCAGGGCUCACGAGACGGCGAACGCGACCCCUCGGCGCCCGACGAGUCGCCGUCCUUUUGGAGCUUCGUCGGUAACCUCUUAUGGGGGGCGAAGAGGCCGGAGAGGAGGAUGAGGGACGCGAAGUCUGCAGACGCGACGAAGGCGCGACGCGAACCCCGUGCGGCGGUCGCGGAUCCAGAUCCGCCGCAGCGCGCACCUGAGCAAGGGCGGCGGUAUGCCGGAGCCAGCGAAGGCGAUGAGGAAGAGGCUGGCGGGUGUGCUGAAACCGGGGUCGCCGCCGACGGGCAAGCGAGCCGCAGUUGGAGCUUCUCCUGGCGCGGCGACAGAGCAGAAGAGGUUGAACCGAGUCUUCCCGAGAAUGGCGAGGCGCGAGCCAAACGGCGAUGGUGGAGCAGAGGCCCGGGAGAGACAGACGGGGAGAACGGCGCGCAGACCAGCGCCUUCGGUCCGUCGCGGGACGAACGCAGAAGGGGAGAAGAACUGGAAGGAGACCGCCACACGACAGUCGAUCCCCCAGCUCCUCGCCUGCCGCAAAUCUACCGCAUGUGGAAUAGAGCCGCGCUGCAAGGGAAUCCGGAGGCGCUCAGAGAGAUCGCGCAGCUCCACAUCAAAGGCAGCGCCGACGGCGUCGUCGUCGCCAGCCCCGAGCUCUCUGCAGAAGUUCUGAAAAUUUCUGCCGCCCACGGCGAUGUCAAAUCGCUCCCCAUCCUCGCCUCCCUCUAUGAAUCCGGAACAUCUGUGACGCCUCCACUGUAUGGUCGCGCGAUCGACCUGCUCAAGAUCUAUGCCGAAGGCGAGGAAGCGCAUGCGGCGGCAGGGCCUCAGCAGAUUCUCCGGUCAGGCGCGGCGGCGCCCUGGCAAGGUUGGCGCAAGGCGCUGCAGCGUCGCUUCAAGCGAUGGGGCUUGGCCGCCCAGAUCGGUCGCCUGACGGUGAAAGACAAGUGGGCAAGGCGGCGCGAAGAACGCGGCGAGAAGGCCGCAGGGGUGGCAAGCAUCCUCAAGCACAUGUGGUGGCGCACGAAGCGGGAAAAAUGA